AUGCUUAAAGGUGUUCAAGUUCUCGAACUAGCUGGUUUAGGCCCAGUUACAAUGUGCGGACUUAUUCUUAAGGAUUACGGUGCAUCAGUACACCGGAUUCUCAAUCCCAAUGCUCCAUUCAUUGAUCACCUGCUUUCUCCUGGGAAACCAUCUGUUGCUUUGGAUCUCAAAGUUCCUUCUGAUCGUCAACGACUCUUGGAUCUGUGUAAGAGCGCCGAUGUACUCUUGGACCCUUACCGGCCUAGGUGCCUCGAUCGUCUUGGUUUUGCUCCAGACGUCCUUCAUAAGGUUAACAGGCGGCUAAUUUUAACGCGCAUAUCAGGCUAUGGGCAGCCUGAGGCUAGUCAAGAUAUUGAUUAUUACCUCCGCCCUGGUCAUGAUAUUAAUUACCUUGCCGAAUCUGGAAUAUUGUGGUUUUUUACCGGAGAUCGUGGGAAGUCCGUAUAUCCCAUAAAUGCCAUUGCGGAUAUUGCUGGCGGUGCUUUCCCAGCUGUCAGCGGCAUUUUAUUGGCCCUUUAUGAAAGGGAGAAAUCAGGCCUUGGCAAGAUCGUUGACGUUAGUAUAACUGACGGAAUAUCCUACGCAUCGACCUACUUCAUGGCAUCCUGCCAGCUAGGUCGUCAGAACGAAUUUAAUGUGUCCUCUUCUCUGAUGCACUGGCACAGUCUUGCACGUCAAUGUGCGAAUCUUCUUGAUGGCGGUGCUCCAUUCUAUCGUACCUAUGAAACCAAGGACAAGAAGUUUGUCGCUGUCGGUGCUUUGGAACCUCACUUCUAUGCAAAUCUUUUAAGGCCAUUAGGUCUAACGGAGAAGUAUGCUCCCCAGCUAGAUCGCCAUGCCUGGCCUCGAAUUGCGGCCAUUCUUUCAGGCAUUUUCGUGAGUGAGACGCGUGACUACUGGUGUCAGGAGACGGAUUUAGUACGUUCUGCUUGUCUUUCGCCUGUCUAUUCACUAAAAGAAGCUAUGGAUCGAAGAUCGAAGCAUCUUUACCGCGAUCUCAACUUCUCGUUCUCACCGCUAGCCGGCGCUACUCGAGACGAAGGUGGCUUCAGCAUUCGCAUACCUCGACCUUGUCCCCUCCUUUCCGACUUUGCCGUCGAUUAUGCUUUCUUUUGGCUGAUUGGGCUACUGGCAGCAUCUGUGAUUUGGUUUGCUGCAAUCCCUCUUCGAGAUCAACUUGCAUUCGGAUUGAUCGCUGCCUGCGCUCUUCAGGAAAUCAUGCGGUUUCUUUUCUUUUUCCUUGUAUCAAAAGUCGAAUAUAAUCUUCAGAAGAUGGUAGAGGCUGAGGCUCAAGACGCUAUUCAUUUGAAUUCCCCUGGUGAAAUUAAUGUCGCUGUGAGGUGUGCUAGUGAUUAUGUGAAAUGUGGCUCAAUAUUUGAUCUUCAAACACUGGCUUUCACCUCGGGACUCAGUUUUGGGUGUAUGGGUAGUAUCAUCGAAUACGUAUACAUCUUCUAUGGCGCAAUUGGACCGGGAACACUAUUGAAGGGACCCAAUCCUGGCUACCUCUUCAUUUUUGCCGGUUUGAACUCUUUUUUCAUGGGUUUGCUCCAGGUCUCAUGGUCCAUUAUUCUCUUUCGAGCCUUUCGUCUUCGUCUCUACAUCGACAUUGUGGUGGUAUAUGUCACUCACCUGGCUCUUUCAGUACUGACCCUUUUAAACGAGUGGUCGCACCCGGCACCUGAGCUCAUCUGUGUGACAAUCGUGAUAUCCGCCUUUGUCUUCAACUCAUACGCGUUUUUCGCUGCUGGUGGUCGUCUGCCUUUCGGUGCAAGGUUCUCUCCACAGACUACGAAUUCGCCUCUCUUCUCCGCGUCUCAAGCUAUUACAACUACCCCAAUUAGUUGA